AAGGGAAAAUAUCUGGAUCGUAAUUCAUACGUGUGGCCUCGACUUAAACUCCAUUCUAUCCCUCCCCGCUGUGUAUAUUAUCUAAUUAUUUCCUGCCACUAUUCCAAAUCCUCUCUGAUUUCGAUUUUUUUCCCGUACAAUUAGACAUUGAUUCAGUUCAUCUUCGGAAUCGGCUUAUAUGAAUUUGUUUCACAGCUGUAGUUUAAUUUGUAUUUCAGUGAGCAGUUUUCUUAUGGAAACUUUGGAUUAGAAUGGCUUCUGCUUCUUCUUCGCCAGUAGUGUCCGUAGGAUGUGCGAACACAUUUAAGUUUCCGAAAGGGGAUGUGAGUGGAAAAUAUGAUUGCACUAGGCUCCCUUGUGCAUCCAAAGCUCCAAGAGCCCUCUCCGGAUUUCUCGCUAGUACUGCUCAUCCUCCUCAGGCACGUGGAAGAAUUCGAUCAAGGAAUCGCUUCCGAUAUAGAUGUGAAGUCCAUCAUUAUGGAUGGUGGUGUACAUAUGAAGCCUCAGAUUUUAUUGCUCGAAAGAAGUUUUUGAGCUCAACCAUCACACAUUUCGAUCAUGACAAGUGGGAGUUGUAUUGUUCCCCAUCUUCUUCAGAAUCUUAUGACGUUUCUCCGGAUAGCUUGUGGGAGGAUCUUAAGCCUAGCAUCUCCUAUCUCUCUCCGACGGAAUUGGAAUUGGUCUAUAGAGCGCUGAAUUUGGCUUUUGAAGCUCAUGACGGUCAAAAGAGGCGUAGUGGGGAGCCCUUUAUUAUUCAUCCAGUUGCAGUUGCUCAAAUCCUUGGGGAACUUGAAUUGGAUUGGGAGUCCAUAGCUGCUGGUUUAUUACAUGAUACUGUGGAAGAUACGGAUGUUACUUUUGAAAGAAUAGAGGAAGAAUUUGGCUCAACUGUUCGUCAUAUUGUGGAAGGAGAAACAAAGGUGUCCAAACUUGGGAAGCUUAAGGCAAACUCAAAGGGUGAGAAUCAUUCUGUUCAAGACGUGAAAGCAGAUGACCUCCGUCAGAUGUUUCUGGCCAUGACCGAAGAGGUCCGUGUUAUAAUUGUCAAAUUGGCUGACAGAUUACAUAACAUGCGAACUCUUUCACACAUGCCUCCGCAUAAACAGUCCAGCAUAGCCAUAGAGACAUUGCAGGUUUUUGCUCCUCUGGCAAAACUGCUUGGGAUCUACCAAAUAAAGUCGGAACUCGAAAAUCUGGCAUUUAUGUAUACCAACCCUCAAGAUCAUGCUAAUAUCAAAAGAAAAGUUGCUGAACUUUACAAAGAACAUGAGAAGGACCUCAAAGAGGCAAAUAAAAUCUUGAUGAAGAGGAUAGAAGAUGAUCCGUUCUUAGACCUCAUGAUUCUGAAAACUGAAGUUCGUCCUGUAUGUAAAGAACCUUACAGCAUUCACAAAGCUGUUCUGAAAUCUAAAAGCUCGAUAAAUGAAGUUAACCAGAUCACACAGCUUCGAAUUAUUAUGAAACCAAAACCAUGCGUUGGAGUUGGGCCUUUGUGUAGUGCACAGCAGAUAUGCUACCACGUGCUUGGACUGGUACAUGGAAUUUGGACCCCCAUCCCUCGAGCUAUGAAGGAUUAUAUUGCCACUCCAAAGCCUAAUGGUUAUCAGAGUCUUCAUACUACAGUGAUUCCCUUUCUUUACGAGAGCAUGUUUAGACUGGAAGUUCAGAUAAGGACGGAAGAGAUGGAUUUGAUUGCGGAAAGAGGGAUUGCUGCCCACUAUAGUGGCAAAGGUUUUGUGAAUGGCUUGGUUGGACAUGUUCUGCCAUACAGUGGUAGCCCACAAAGGAAAACAGUCUGCCUUAACAAUGCCAAUGUUGCUCGCAGGAUAGGCUGGCUCAAUGCAAUCAGAGAAUGGCAAGAGGAGUUUGUUGGAAAUAUGAGCUCAAGGGAAUUUGUUGAUACAGUCACCAGGGAUCUUUUAGGCAGUCGUGUAUUUGUAUUUACCCCAAGGGGAGAGAUCAAGAAUCUGCCCAAGGGGGCAACUGUCGUUGAUUAUGCGUAUAUGAUCCACACUGAAAUUGGAAACAAAAUGGUGGCUGCUAAGGUCAAUGGCAAUCUCGUUUCGCCAAUGCAUGUGCUUGCAAAUGCUGAAGUUGUGGAGAUUGUAACUUAUAAUGGGCUUUCUUGUAAAUCUGCUUUCGAGAGACACAAGCAAUGGUUGAGACAUGCAAAGACACGUUGUGCCCGACAUAAGAUAAUGCAGUUUCUGAAGGAGCAAGCUGCACUGUCAGCAACCGAAAUAACUGCCGAUUCUUUGAAGGAAUUUGCUGCUGAAUCUCAAGAAGAUAGAAAAAUGGAAAAAUCACUGAAGAAAUCUGAAGGGGCUAAACAGACAUGGGAGAAAUUAUUGAUGAAUGUCAUGCAAAUAGCAUCUUCUAAGACAAGUGGGGAAAGUAUAUUUCAAACCGACAAGAGUAAGGAUAAGAUUCCAAAGGUUAAUGGGAAACAUAACAAGAAUAUGCAUCACACAAGCUUGAAGGACAAAGGAGAGGUGCUAUCUCAAGGAAAUGGUGUUGCUCAGAUGAUUCAAUCCAACAUUCCUCUGUACAGGGAAGAUUUACCAGGCUUAGAAGGCUGGCAAUAUCGUAAAAUUGUGUCUUGGCACAACCUUGAAGGAAACUCUAUCCAAUGGCUGUCCAUAGUUUGCAUGGAUCGUAGAGGCAUGAUGGCGGAUAUUACGUCGACUCUGGCAGCUGCAGGAAUCUCCAUAUGUUCUUGUGCUGCUGAAAUUGAUCGGAACAAGGAAAUUGGUAUCAUGCUAUUUCAGGUUGAAGCAAGCUUGGAUAAUUUGGCUACUGCAUGUUUGAAAGUCGAUCUGAUUCUCGGUGUGUUGGGAUGGUCAACGGGUUGCAGCUGGCUGAGCUCAACGGAGAACAACCAGCUUCUGGAGUGUUGACUUUUGGUCAAACAACUCUCAGCUACUAAAAGUUGGGAUGAAAUUUUGUCACCAGAGAAUAGAGUUUUUUUUUUGGUGGGGGGGGGG